UUCAGCCAUCAACCAUUCAGAUAUAGUAUUACCUAAAAAUUCCCAUGUUCAAAUUCCUUUUAGUGCAGAAAACUAAAAAUUCCGUGGUUCCAAUUCCCAAUAAAAAAUGAAAACACCCUCUGCAGUGCAAACGAGAAUAUGCGUGAUCUGUGGCGAGGCGCCGCCAUCGAAGGAUGCAAAGGGCAACGAGGCGUUUGCGUACCCCAAGACGGAGGAGGAGGCCAGGAUCUGGCAGGCCAGCAUGGCCGCCAAGGGCUGCUGCGUGGAGAGCAUCCAGAACCAGUGCUGCGUCUGCGUGGAGCACAUUCCUGACUUCGUGAAGCGGGCCAGGAAAAUCGGGCGGCGGCAGCGGGCCCUCGUGCGGGAAAAGGAGUUGCGCCGCGAGGAGCGGGAGGAGGAGGAGGCGGCUACCGGUUGCCAUUGUCCCGACGAUGGCGAACCCGGCCCGGAACGACCCUCGGUCAAUGUCCUCCUCCUCAACGGAGCCUCCCUGCCCACGUACUGCGGCAAGGGUCAGUCGUGCGUGGAUCUGCGACCACUUCCAUCGGCAGACGGCGACUCCGAGUUGAAGGUAACCAAACGGCUGAAUCCCACGGACUCGGACACGGAGAUCUUUGUGCAGGAGUCGGAGUUUAAAGACACCGGUGGGACCUUUCCCGAUAUCGAUGGCACCGAGCUCACCGUUCUACGCACGCCGACCCAGGAGGAGGAGCAACUGCACCGGCAUCAGCACAAGCUGCACGAGGCGGAACAGGAGCAGGACCCGAGUGUCAGGAGGCGCCGCGACAGCUGCCUGCCCGGCUGCACGGACGUCCUUCUCCUGGGCCGCGGUCACGACGCCACGGACGAGUGUCCCUGCCAGUGUGAGCAGUGCUCGAAGCCCUCCGGCUUGCCCAAGCAGGAGCCCUGUUGCCAGCCGGAAUGCUGCCCGGAGGACCACAAGGAGUACUUCACCCAGCCGCCCUGCGGAUGCGAGUGUGAGCAGCAGGUGCGCCGCGAGCUGACGAAGGUCAUCAAGACGCAGGGCAAGCGGAUUCGGGAGCUGGAGGAGAUGCUGUGCCGGCAGAACAGCCUGCGCACCUGCCUGCAGCGCAAGUUGGAUGAGCUCUACUGCGAGUUCGGGCGUCUCGACGAGGACGAGGACAACAAAUCGCGACUCACCUGCCCGGGAAGCGAGCGAGGUGCCCCCGACUGCAUUGGUAUGAUGCAGCCGAUCCCGGUGCCGCCACCUCCACCGCCACGAAAGGAACCUCCCCCGCCGCCCCGCAGACGAUUCAGCCGACGUCUUACCCUGCUCAAAGCCAACCGGGAGAUGGAUCUGCCCCAGAAGGAGGAGCCAAAGGUGGAGCAGCGGGCGGAGGGCGAACGGGUCCACUGGUUCUCGGAGAGAAACGACCAGGCCGUGGACGACACUCAUCGCCCUCAGUGGGUCAAUGUGCCGGAUGAGGAGGAGAUUGAGUCGGAGAGCAGGAUAGCCAUUCGCUUUGGCAAGAACAACACCUACCUGGUCUCCGACAAUAAGUCAACCCACUCCGCCUUCUCCGAUUUGCCAACCAACUCCAGCUACUCCAUGGGCAACAGACCCCGGACUUGAUGUGCCCCAGUGUCUGCCAUCCGUAUGCCCAUUCCCCCGUUCUAAAGGCACCACCCCUCUGGCAUCCCACUGUCCUGUGCAAUCAUGCAAAUAAAAAUAUAUUCUUUUUCCGGCUCUG